UUGCUCCUCCCAAAUGAGGUGACCAAGGGAUUUGUGGCCUCAUUUGAGCCUGAUUACUUUUUAGCUGUUGGCUGCAAUAUGCCACAAGAACAGUACAAACAAACAAACGCAUGGAAGCAGACAUCUUAUGGUACGAGCUCCAGAGAAAAUGGUGGCCCCUGUGCUCGCCUUGCUCUCCUCAACUAAACAUGUUCAACCUGAUGAGCAACUGCUGCAGCUGGGUUUCCAAGAUCCAGCAACCUUUAAGGAAAGUCAAUGUCCUGGUAAUUGGUCUUGACAAAGCGGGAAAAACAUCCUCUGUCAAGGGGAUGCUAGGAGUGCCACCAGGGGACGUAGGUCCGACCCAUGGGUGUGUCCGCACUGAGCUGAGAGUGGAGAACUUCCUGGUGACCCUGCUGGAUACAGGCGGAGCCCCGGAGGCCAGAGGAGCAUGGAGUGACCACUAUGGAGAUGUGCAUGGGGUCAUCUUUGUGGUAGACUCCAGUGACAGACACAGGAUCAAGGAGGUCAAGGAGCUUCUUGGUGACCUGCUCAAGCAGCCCAGAGUGGCUGGGAAACCACUCUUAGUGCUGGCCAACAAACAGGACAAGAUGAAUGCUCUGCUGGGCAGUGAGCUGAUUGAGAUCCUGUCACUGGAGAGGCUGGUGAACCAGAGCCGCUCUUUGUGCCACAUUGAGCCAUGCUCGGCCUUCAUGGACCUCCGGCGCUGGUCGGACAGGAAGACUUUGCGUGGUCUCCGCUGGCUCCUGCGGGCCAUCUGUUUGGAUUACCCAGAACUCUGUGCACGCAUUGCCAGGGAUAGCAGGAGACCUCUGGCACCUCCUCAGGAGAAAGAUCGACGAGGGAAAGGAGAGAAAGGCCGCAACAAACCUAAAGAGGAAAGAAUACGUGCUAGCAAGACUGAUCUCCGACAUGUUCACCGGCCACAAGAGAAAGACAAAAAGGCUAAGACUGGAAGCACACUGCAACCUAUUCGAAAUAUUUUGAACAAGGAGAGCACUCUGAAAAAGACAUUUAAAAAAAAGAAGAAAAAGCAGGUCAAAAUAAAGGACACAGAGAAAAGCAAAAGAGGAGAGAAUGAGGAAGAGGAGGUUGAGGGCACAGAGGCAGACCAAGAGAAUGGUGGGCAGAAAGAGAAGGCCAGCAGAGCCCUGAUAACGCCUAAACGAGGCAAACUGAAAUGCAAGACAAAGGUGAAAGAAGAGACCCUCGACCUUCCAGAAUUACUUGAUAAUGAGGACAAACCAGCCAAAGGUAAAGAGGAGAAGAAGAAAAAGAAGAAAGCUGUGAAAGUGAAGAAGAAGAACAAGAUCAACACAGAGAAGGUGCCGGCAGAGUUAUCCCAGCCAGUCGACCUCUCGACAACAUUUGAUCUUUACAGAAAAGCGAUUUUGGCUUUGAAAGAACGUCAAGAUCAAGCUCAGUGAGAGUAAGAGGGUCCUGGGUCUUGUGUGUGACGACGGGGUCUGCUGACGACAACAGCAGUCUAAGUUUAUGAUCAU